CCGAAGGUUGGAAUUCGUUUGCUCAAAAUGUCGCAUAUGAAAGUUUGUGUUCGGUUCAGACCUUUGAGCACUAAAGAGAGAAGCGACGGCGGUGAUUCAGUCUGCGUCCACCCCGUCGACGCAGAAACUUUCAAUUUCAAGGAUGAGAAAGAUGAAAUUUUCACUUUCAGCUUCGAUAAGGCAUUCUACGACAACUCUGAGCAAGCUCAGGUCUACGAAUUUCUAGCUCUGCCUAUUGUCCGAGAUGCUGUGAGUGGCAUUAAUGGGACAAUCAUUACAUAUGGACAGACUGGAGCAGGGAAGACAUAUAGCAUGGAGGGGCCUGGCAUACUAGAAUGUGAUGAGCAGAAUAAAGGGUUACUUCCCCGGGUAGUUGACGGAAUAUUUGAAUGCAUUCACUCUUCUGAAGAAGCAAUCGAAUAUUCCGUUAAGCUGUCAAUGGUAGAGAUCUACAUGGAGCGAAUAAGGGACCUGUUAGAUUUAGCAAAAGAUAAUAUACAGAUCAAGGAGAACAAAGCUCAAGGAAUUAUCUUACAGGGAGUAACUGAAAUCUCCAUUGCAGAUCCGGCAGAAGCAUUGCAAACCCUAGCCAGCGGGAUAGCUAACAGAGCUGUUGGGGAGACCCAAAUGAACAUGGCUAGCAGCAGAAGCCACUGUGUUUACAUUUUCACAGUUCACCAAGGACUUGUGCAAAGAAAUAGGGCAAAACCUGGGAAGUUGCUUCUUGUGGACAUGGCAGGCUCUGAGAAAGUAGAAAAAACCGGAGCUGAGGGAAGAGUCCUUGAUGAAGCCAAGACUAUCAACAAGUCCUUGUCAGCCCUUGGCAAUGUGAUAAACGCUCUUACGUGUGGUCAGCAAUUAAAGCAUAUUCCAUAUAGGGAUUCAAAAGUUACUCGGAUUCUACAAGAUGCCCUUGGUGGGAAUUCACAAACUGCUUUACUAUGUUGUUGCUCGCCAAGUCCUUCAAAUGCAGCAGAGACACUGUCCACUCUUAGGUUCAGUGCAAGGGCAAGUCAUGUAAAGGUGUCGAUGCUCGUCAAGUGCAAUCAAGAUGAAGCCGCUAAAAAAGGGAAAGGAGUUCCUUCUCCAACUAAAGAUGAGUCAAUGGAGAGGAUUCUAAACAAGUUGCGGGAGACCAUUGACGUCGAAUCUGUGGAUUUACUUGAGGAGUUGUUCAUAGUGGAAAAAGUUUUCUUCGAUCUUAAUUCAGAGGAAGAGGUCAAGGCAGCAUAUGAGGAUUGUGUUACAAAGAAAAUUACAUCAUUGCAACAAGCAGAGGAAGAGCUUGUGCUAGAGGUUCAGGAGCUUAAGAUGGAGAAUAAGGCUCUCAAGGACAGGAUAGCAGCUCUGAACAGGUCUCGAGCCCUCUUCAACAAGGCCGGAGGAACUUCAGCUCAUCUAAAAGCGUUACUGCUUGUCAAGUGCAAUGAAGAAAGUAAAUCCACUAAAAGACACGGAGGAGUUCCUACUCUAGCUAGAGAUGAGUCACGUGAUAAACUUCUAAACCGGUUGAUGGAGAGACUUGACGUUGAAGACGUGAAGUUUCUAGAGGAGUUGUUCGUACAGGAAGGGAUUCUCUUAGAUCCUAACUCGAAAGAAUACAUGUCAGCUUCCCUGGAAAUCAUGUCAGCAUAUGGCAAUGAUGCUACUUUAAAGACAAUUUCAUUAAUGCAACAAGCAGUGGAAGAACUUCAAUUGGAGGCUGAGAAGCUCUGGAUGGAGAAUAAGGCUCUCGGGGACAGUAUAGUAGCUACCGAAAUAUCUAAUACAGUGGAGGAUAUAUCUCCUUCAGGAAGAGGACUGCCAAGAACUUCCGUUGAGGCAUUUUCACUAUCUGCAAUUCAUGGGCCAAUCAGUCAUUAA